UUAUAGCUUGCAAUAUCGCCAAAAGUGCUACAGGCAUAUAAGAAUCGUCCACUACUGGAUAUAGCUUGGCUUGUGACGACUGUAUAGAGCAGCUUUUGGAUGUUUUCUUUCAUGAUUUAGUCUGUUUGAUCGGUUGUUGCCGGUUUUAUAUUUAAAAAUGAAAUAAGCUCUUUUGAACGUGAAAUUUUAUAUAUCCUAGAUAUUGAAGUAAUCAGGUAUAACUUUUCGUAGUUCUUUUUCCAAUAAUAUUACUAGAACCUGCUUAAUUUUAAUUAAUUUAUGGAUUUAAUAUUCAUACAAAUUGUAAACAACUGGAAGGUUUUGAACUUUCCAGUGUAGACUUUCCAAUGAUUCCAGAAAAUGUUAAGCAUUCCAGAAUCAUUCAAAGUUUGUCGCUCGAUUUUACUACAUGCUGGGUACUUUUUCUUGUAGUAUUAAUUAAUUUUUUUAAGUGACUUAAAAUUUGUUUUAUUUUUUUAUUUAAAUAUUGUCAAAUUAUGGAAUUAAGAAACGAUGACUUCAUUUCUGAUCCUGUCGAUCUCUUAAAAGUUUGCAGAAUGUGUCUGAAAAAAGAAAAGAUAUUAAAGUCAAUGUUUCACUGCUCAGUUAAUAACGUGCUUUAUGCUGAUAUUUACGAAUUGUGUACUGGCUUUAAAAUUUUAUCAGAAACGGUUUGCACCUCAUCAAUAUGUACAAAUUGUGAAACUGACUUGCUCUUUAUCUACGAAUUUAAGCAAAAGAUCCAAGAUAAUGAAGAAAAAUUGGAGAAAUUAAUUCACAUGAAAAUCCAAAAUGAUCAUUCUAAUGCUGAAAUUGAGAAUCAAUUCUUAGGAAUGGAUGAUAAUUUUCUUGAUUAUCGUGUCGAAUUGCUUGAGUAUGACAUGUAUAAAACUUAUAAUGAAUGUAAAUUCAAGGCAAUUAAUGAUUUAAGCUUUGUCAAAUGUACAAAAUGCACGGACGAUGACUGUGAAACGGAAAAAGUAAUUAAUGCAAUUAGUCUUAACGAAUCAUUUAUCAUCUUAUGUGAGGAAUGUGAUACAGCUUUUUCCAAUAAAGAAAAUUUCCUUCAACAUUACACGCAAGUACACAGAGGAACUGAUAAUAUUAUUUGCAAUGAUAAAAAUCAUAAAUCUGAUUCUCGCUCGAAUGCCUUAAAAGAGUUUUAUAAUGUUGGCCAAUUAAUCAGGCAUGAAAUAUGUUCCAAAAAUAUCAGCAAUAAGAUUUGGAAAUGUUUAAUGUGUAAUAUUCGAUUUAUUCGGAAAGAAUCACUUAGAAAGCACUUAGAAACAGCCAAUUGUGAAUUUAUUCAAGAAAAAUGCUAUAAUGAUAAUUCAGCCAAAAAGGAAAAAGAAGAACAGCAACAAAAAAUAAGUAGAUCUAUAAAUAAAUCACAAAUGACUUCAUGUAAAAUGUGCGGUGCUCGAUUUCGGCAUCGAUCAACAAAGAUUGCUCACAUGACAAGAGAACAUAACGCUAAGAAAGCAUUUGAAUGCGAUUAUCCAGGUUGUGGAUUCAAAACACUUAAAAAAGACAGAUUUCAAGCACAUGUUGAUAAGCAUGAAAAUCCCGAAAAAACAUUUAACUGUCCGAUUUGUAAUCAAGCUUUUAAAUCAUACAAUUCCAUGACUCUUCAUAGAGCUAAGCAUACUUCAUUAUCAACAACAUUUAUGUGCUCAUUCUGCAAUAAAACAUUUCUAGAUAGGCGUAAUUAUAAAAUUCAUUUACGUUUGCAUACGAAAGAAAAGUUAUUUCACUGUGACAAGUGCCAGAGAGGCUUUAAUCGAAAAGAGCACUUAAAAAAUCAUCUAAACAGAAAGGGCCAAUGUGAUGUUUUUGCAGCAACAAGCAAUUUAAGCUUCAUUGCUUAAUUUAUUGGUAUAUUUGUUUGACGUUGUUAUAAUAAAAAGCUUUACAUUUAUAAAGAAAUCAAUUAUCUAUCGAUAAAAACUUUUUUAAAAUUAUGAAGGCACUUGUGGCUUGAAGCGCAUGAAUUUUUAAGGUGACAUUUCUAGACGAUUUUUAAAAAUUUCAACGACUUUUGAUUAUUCAAAAUUUGGAACAGGAUUUAAAAAUCAAAAUUUAAACUGAAAUGACAUGAACUUUUUAGACUACUGACCAAAUUUUGGCUAAUUCAAACAAAACGACGGUUAAAUUGCACAAAGCUUUAGAAAGCAUGCUGGUUUUGUGAAUCAAAUACCGAAUAAAAUUGAUUACCAAUCGAAAGGUGAUUAGAUUAUAAUUAUUGGCAGGAGUAAUAAAACUUCUUGAUCCAUUGAAAUUGAUAGCAACUUUAAAGCAUUUAAAAAGAAUGAGAAAUUAAUGAAAUUUCUUUAGUUUGCGGACAAACCUAGACCAAAAAUGAUAAAAAUCGUUUUUAUCGUACUUUGUUUAAUUUAUUUCUCACUCGGUUGUAGAGUGAUUGAGCAAAGAGCUAAUGGAGUAACAACUGAUCGUGAUGACACUUCCUUCCUAGUUUUAUUAGAAGGAUUCAUUACAUAUGAUGAGAAAAUUAUGUGCAGUGGUGUCUUCAUUUCUGAAAAAUAUAUCCUAACAACUGGACAUUGUGUUAAUGGAACUUUAUUCGUUAAUGUCCAUGUAUAUGCCCACAAAUUAAGAGAUGUUUAUGAAGAUAAACGUUCAAUUUAUAGAAUUGAACCGGAAAAUUUGAAAAUCGGAAAUGCACACUUAGCACUGAUUAAAAUGCCAGAUUCCUUCGAAUUCAAGACGUAUUUAAAAAUUGCAAAAUUACCAACUGCUGAUUUUGAAGUUGGAACUGAAGGAAAAACUUAUGGAUGGGGUCUUCUAGACUACACCGACGAUCAUGCAGCAGCACUUAAACAAGAAUAUUCUUUAAGAUUCAUUAAUGAGACCGAAUGUCAUGAAGCAUAUCCCGACAUACUUUGGAAUAGUGCAACUUUUAUGUGCAUAAAAGCACUUUCAGGUACAAACUGCGUAUCAGACAAUGGAUCACCAUUUAUGGUCAAUGACAUUGUUUAUGGAUUUCAAUCUUAUGGACAGUUAGAAGCUUGUGAUGGAAAUAAACCAAAUUUGGUACAAAAUGUAUUCUUGCAUAUUGAUUGGAUUAAAGGAAUUGCUGGUUUGCCUUAAUUCUUGAAAUUGGUUAUUUUUUGUCUUGAUUUAAAUCAAAUAAAUUUUGAAUAAAUCAAAUAAAUUUU